AUGUCUCAACCGGUCACGACCACACUUUCGAUCUCGUCUUUUGUAUCUAAAAGACGGGAAGAAGCACUAAAGAAGGAUCAUAUAAUUUCAAUUGAACAAGUCGCUGAUGAUAGUCUAUCUGGUCAAGAUCCCGAGGUUGUCAGAGGCUUGAAGGCCCGUCACAUUCAAUUGAUUGCUCUUGGCGGUGCCAUAGGUACGGGUUUGUUUAUUGGCUCUGGAAGCGCUCUUAGUACAUGUGGACCAGCUCCGCUACUAACGUCGUACUUGGUGAUGGCUACGUGUGUUUGGCUCGUGAUGAAUCAACUAGGAGAGAUGGUUAUUUUCCUUCCACUCUCUGGCGAAGCCUCGACUUAUUCGUUGGCAAAAAAGUAUCUCAAUCGGCCACUUGGUUUCACAGUAGGUUGGAAUCUCUUUUAUGCCCAUGCAAUGGUGGCACCUAGUGAAGUGACUGCUUGUGCUCUCAUCAUGUCAUAUUGGACAGAUGCUAAUUCAGCAAUUUUCAUUUCAGUUUUUGGCAUCACAACGAUUAUCAUCAACUUCCUUCCAGUCCGGUACUUCGGAGAAAGCGAGUUUUGUGUUGCUAUCAUCAAGAUUUUAUGUAUCACAGGUUUGAUCAUACUAGGAGUUGUUAUUUUCUUUGGUGGUGCACCAGAUCAACAUGGCGUACUUGGAUUUCAUUACUGGAAACACCCUGGGGCUUUUGUUGAAUACCUAGUUCCGGGAAACACAGGACGAUUUUUAGCCACAUGGACUGCGAUUGUAAAGAGUGGUUUUGCUUUUGUAUUGACUCCCGAAGUUCUUGCUUCAUGCGCAGCCGAAGCACAGAAUCCUCGUCGAUCUAUGCCUAAAGCCUUCAGCAGAGUGGUCUAUCGUUUGAUCUUCUUCUACGUGUUCGGAGUGCUCAUUGUUGGAAUCAUCGUUGCAUCUAACAACAAGAGAUUGAUGAACGCUAUUGCUGCCGGUGAGUCUAGUGGCGCAGCAUCUCCGUUUGUAAUAGGAAUUCAAGAGGUGGGUAUAAAGGUUUUGCCCCACAUUAUUAAUGCUUGUAUCUUGACAAGUGCUUACUCCGCUGGUACAAGUCAGCUCUAUGCAGCUUCCAGAUCACUUCAUUCCAUGGCACUCAACGGCGAUGCGCCAAAAUUUUUUGCAACGUUGAACAGAUGGGGUAUACCGUAUUUCAGCGUGGCAAUAUCGUCGUUAUUCGUGUUCUUGGCCUACCUUAACUGUUCCCAAUCUAGCUCCACUGUGUUCAAUUGGCUCUCUAAUAUAGUGUCAAUCUCUGGUUUCAUCAGUUGGAUGUUUGUUGCUAUGUGCUAUUUAAGAUUCAGGACAAUAAUUGAUCACCAGGGCCUUAACGAAAGAGUUCCGUAUAGGUUUCCAGGUAUGAAGUACUUUGCCUAUUUUACAGGCUCAUUCUUUGGAAUUUUGGCUGUUACAAAUGGAUUUUAUGUGUUCUUUCCUCAAAAUUGGUCAACCAGCAACUUUUUUGCGGCAUACAUAACGAUUCUUUUUGUGGCCUCCUUGUACAUUGGAUCAUCGGCGUACUACAGGGUGUGGAGGUUUGUGGACCCUCUGGAUGUCAAUAUUUCUGAGCAACUUUUGCGAGUUGAGGCAGAGGAGAGAGAAGUGACAGUUCCGGCUCCCACUACAAUACUCGAGAAAGCUUGGCAAUAUGCCUUCUGA